AUGAAAAUCUUCCCGGAGUCUAGCUUCUUUAAGGAGAGACGAGCCGCUGCACUCCCUACACCAGCCGAGAUCAGAGCCAUCAACGAAAAGUCGGGCAGUCUGGAUGCCACAAACUUCAACCGCCCGGCUCUGUCAUUAUACCCUGAUGUGACCGUGACCGAGGCUCAGACUCAAUUGAGAAUCCGCGAGCAACUACAAGGCCAAGUGCCUACUCCGGAGAUUUUUGGCUGGACCGAGGAUGGACGCCAGAUAUUUAUUUACAUGUCCUUAAUUGAGGGCGAGUCCUUACAAGAGAGAUGGAGUGGCAUGAGUGAGGGUGAGAAACGAGCUGUCUGCGAAGAACUUAAAAACAUCGUGAAGAUGUGGAGGUCCUUGAAACAGGGCAAGCAAGACUAUUAUAUUGGCAGCUUUGAUAAGCAACCACUAAAUGAAGUCUUUCUCGAGUCCCAUCCAAAACUCGCCGGGCCAUUUCAAGGUGCGAACGCUACCCAACAAUUUCAAAAUGCUUGCGGAAUCGAGAUCGAUCAUGAAGUGCCUAUUGUCUUCACUCAUAACGACUUUGUCCCUCCCAACAUCCUUUUAUCGCCUGGGUCCAAUCCGAAGGUAGCAGCGAUCAUUGACUGGGGUCAAGCUGGGUGGUAUCCCGCGUACUGGGAGUAUUGCAAGGCACGACGAGUUAAUCUGGUUUCGGAGUCCUUCGAUGAUGCUCUUCAAGAAGAAUGGCGCAAAAAAUAUCUGCCAAUGAUCCUGGAUCCUGUUGAUGAUGAGGAGUACUACAACCCUUGGCUUUGGUUUGUGUUAUCUGAUAAAGGUCUAACUAGAAAGGAGAUAGAUGCUUGGAGGAAGCAUAAAGGUCUAGAAAGGAAAUGGUGGCCUAAAUACAUUGGACCACUUGUCGCUAUCCUCGCUUAG